AUGACUGUCUUUCCUUGCCCGAGAGGGAGUGACAACUCCUUCGGCCCCGUCGUGAACGUUCAUUGUCGAGAAUUUGAUUUCACCUUGCUCUUUGAGGAUGUGGUGCUGGUUUCUCUCCCCUCGUUUGUCUUCCUAGCAAUUCACCUCACCCGUAUCGCCUGUCUCCUCCCGAAGCCAGUCAAGGUUGCCAACCAACGGCAAACGAUCACUUUGAUGACCCUGCAUGCUGUACUCUUGGGGAGUCAGUUAACGUUGCUCGGCAUCCGACACAAUACCCCGACGCUGCAGACGCAGGUAUGGCUCGCUGCGCAAAUCCUGCAGACAGUCGACACUUGUGCGGCGAUUUCAACUACAUAUUUUGAGCGCGCUCACUCUUUGCGGCCCCCUAUCUGGCCCAGUCUCUACUUGUUUGUGGCGGUGCUGUUGGACAGUGUCCGCGCCCGGACGUUCUGGCUUGCUUCGAACACCGUCCUUGCGCCCAUUAUCCUGAGUGUGGCGUUGGGCCUGCGCGUUUUGCUUUUGAUACUUGAGUCCACACUACCGACACGCCCACAACCAUCGCAGCCCCAAGAUACGACAAAGGAGGAAAGCAGCACUUUGUGGGAGCUGUGCUUACUGACAUGGGUGCUCCCAAUUCUGAGACAAGGCUUCUUCUCGCCGUUGACUUUGGAGCAGCUUCCGCCCCUCGGGCACAGCCUCGCGGCCGAAAGGCUGAUGAGGAGGCUGCGGGGACGAUGGAAUCAGGUGUACCAAACACGUGGAAACCAGCUCUUCUUCACGGUAUUCCGGACGUUUAAAACAGAAUUCCUGCAUGGAGUCAUUCCUCGAUUGUGUUUCUCGGCGUUCACCCUGAUGCAACCCCUUCUGGUCAACGCCAUGAUCAAAUUUGUGGGGUCAUCCGAUAGCCAGACGACGCGGAACAAGGGGUAUGGUUUGAUCGGAGCAUCGGCGAUUGUGUAUCUUGGGCUUGCAACGUCCAAGGCACUCUACAACAGACAGGCGUAUCGCUUCGUGAUUGGCGUCCGGGGGGCUGUACUUGCCACAGUCUACAGCCGAACCCUUGAGCUCGGGGCUGCAGAUCAAGGAGGUACAUCUGCACUCACCUUGCUGGGGACGGACGUGGAGCGGAUCGCGACGGGCCUCCGGGACGUGCACGAGACAUGGGCCUCGCCGAUCGACAUAGGGCUAGCUGUUUGGUUGCUUGGAAGACAGCUGGCCAUAUCCUGCAUCGUCCCCGUUGUGCUAUCUCUCCUGUGUAUACUUGUUAUUGCAAAAGUAUGCAAGCUGAAGAACCGGGCUCAGCGCGAGUGGAUUGAGAGAGUGGAACGCCGGAUUGAUGUCACUCGACAAAUGCUCAACGAUAUCAAAUCCAUCAAACUACUCGGUCUCGGGGCGCAGAUCGAGUCUAUCAUCGCCCGUUGCCGAUCAAUCGAGAUUGCGGCCUCCCAUAAAUUUCGGUCCUUAUUGUGCUGGGAGGUUUUUAUUGCCAAUUUUUCGUGGCUGGUGUCUCCGGCUGCCUCCUUUGCUUUAUUCACCUUACUCUCGACCGCGAACAAAAGCAGCUCACUGGACCCCGCGCAGGCGUUCACCGCACUCUCUCUCAUGAGCCUGAUUACACUACCAGUUCUCACGUUGAUCCAGGCACUACCCGCUCUGUUCCAAUGUCUGGGCUCCUUCGCCAGGUUGCAGGAAUAUUUCGCCCACCAAGACGCACAGCCUCUUCACCUGGACUCAAAACCAGUGUCGUCAAGUACAUCACUGCUCGGCCGCUGGGGCUCCGAGGUUCCAUCUACAGGCACAGAGAAGGGCCCUCUGAUCGCCUUGCGGAAUGCCACGGUGAGGUGGAGCGCCUCUGUACCGGCGGUACUUCACGAGAUCGAUCUCGAUGCGCACCAGGGAGAUAUACUAGCCAUCAUGGGCCCAGUGAGCGCUGGCAAGACCACGCUUCUGGAAAGCAUUUUGGGCGAAACCGUCGUUGACCACGGGUACAUCCAUACGCUCCCUGUGCCCACAGCUUACUGUAGCCAGGUACCCUGGCUGGUUGAGGGGACCGUCCGUGACAAUAUCGUUGGUCCGCUGGGCAUGCAGCCCGCGUGGUACCACCAGGUACUCUGGAUGUGCGGGGUGAGCGAGGAUCUACAAGCCUUGCCGGAGGGGGAUUUGACCCGUGUUGGCGGGCAGGGGAAUGCCCUCAGUGGAGGCCAGAAGCAACGAGUCGCUCUUGCUCGUGCGGUCUACUCGAAAUGUGAGAUUAUUAUUCUGGAUGAUGUCUUCAGUGGCCUCGAUUCCGUCACGAUCGACAGAAUCUGCGAGCGCCUGCUGAGCCCGGACAGAGGGUACUUUCGUCGCCAGCGCACUACGGUGCUACUAUCGACGCAUAAUUCCAAGGUUGCCGCACUCGCGGACGAAAUAUUUGUCCUUGAAGAUGGUAGAGUGGCGCAGCAUAUCUUGUCUUCACCUUCAACACAGUCACCACAAGCUCAAUCCCACUCGACGGAGGCCGAUGAAGACGCUGCCAAAAAAUGGCCGAUAGCAUCCGAACGUUGCGUGGAACCCCAAGAGGACGAAUUGCCGUCCGACGACAACAGUCGCUCUCAGGGAUCGACACAGUCUUCCCAUGUUGACGAUGGGGCUGGCUAUUUUUACUACCUCAAAUCCAGUGGUCUAACUCUUGCAUCAGUCUACGUCAUUCUCAUUCUCAUAGCUGCGUUCUGUCAGGACUUUCCCAAUCUAUGGUUGAAGUGGUGGUCGAAUGCAGAUUCGCAAGGCUCAAGCCAACUUUCAGGGAUGUAUCUGGGCGUUUUUAUUGCCUUCGCAGUUGGUACUGUUGUGGACCUGGAGCUUGUGGAUAUGACACUACCACUGGCAGCUGUCAACGCAACCAAGGCCAUCGGGUCCUGUCUCCUAAAAUUAGCCAUCCUCUUUGUGGUAGCCAAGUACAUGUCCCUGGCGGCCCCGCCCCUAUUGGUAGUCUGCUUCCUCCUGCAGAAAUGCUACCUGCGCACCUCGCGACAGAUCCGCCUGCUCAGCAUCGAGGCCAAGGCCCCUCUGUUCCAGCACCUCUCCGAAGCCCUCGGCGGUGGCGCGAGCAUCAGGGCGUUUCAAUGGCAGACAUACCUCGAGGAAGCCAAUCUUUCGAUGGUGGACACGUCGCAGAAAUGCACAUACACGUUGUUCAUGAUCCAGCAAUGGCUGACCCUCGCCAUGGACCUAAUUGCCAGCGGUCACAUUGUUCUCUUAACGUUGCUGACGGUCCUAAUACCAGACUCCUUCGACCCGGGCUCAUCGGGUACCGCCGUCGUGACCCUCAUGAGCUUCACGCAGUCUUUAGGCCGGCUUCUGAAAUUCUGGUCCAUGACCGAGUCCUGUCUCGGGGCUGUCUCACGGAUCCAGUCUUUCACGGCUCAAACAUCCUCCGAAUCUCGCGGCAAGAUCGCCCUCCCACAACAGACAAACUGGCCCAGCCGUGGCGCCAUCGAGCUGCAGAAUGUGGGAGCUGCAUAUAAAUCCAAACCGGUCCUCAACGACGUAAGCAUGCGCAUUGAACCCGGCCAGAAGAUCGCGCUGUGCGGCCGUUCUGGCAGCGGCAAAUCCUCCUUAUUGCUGUGUUUGACCGGACUCCUGCGACCCCACUGCGAGACUGGCACCAUUCACAUCGACGGCCUCGACAUCACCUCCGUACCGCCGCAGGACAUCUGCGCCCGCUUGAGCGUCGUCCCCCAAGAACCGUGCUACCUCCCAGGCACCAUCCGCUUCAACAUCGAUCCAGCCCACACCCUCUCCGAGCCGGCUCUAGCCCGCAUACUCGACACAACACAUCUCACCGACCUCGUCGCACGACGAGGCGGCCUGGACGCCACUCUCGAUCCGACGCACUGGUCCGCGGGUCAGGGGCAACUGCUGGCGCUGGCGCGCGCGAUUGCCCGGCAAAGCAGGGUGCUGAUCCUCGACGAGGCGAUGAGUCGGGUUGAUCAAGCGACACAAGCUCUGAUGGAUAGAGUGGUCGCGGAGCAGUUUGCGUAUUGCACGGUUCUGUCAAUCGUCCACCGGUAUGACAAUAUCGCGUGGUUUGACAAGGUGGCGGUGAUGGAAGAGGGGCGACUCGUCGAGUUUGAUCGGCCAGACGCUCUGCUGGCGCGGCAGGAGUCGCGGUUUCGGAUGUUGUAUGUCUCUAGUGGGUGUUUGUGA